AUUGCAUUCAUGGAAAGAAGCCUGCCAGGCACCCAGCUGCACACACGCCAAGUGUCAGCCAGGCGACAGCUCCACAGCCAUCUCCCAUCCACACCAGCCUGCCCCACCAGAACGGUCAGCCUGCCCUGCCAGGACCAGCUCCCUUCCACCUGCAUCUCUGCUCUGCUUUGUCUCCCUGGCUGCCGCUGCCUCCUGUCGCUGUGCUGGCCCACAUGCCGAGCCUGCCUCAGCCCCCCCUCCAGCUGGAGCUUUGGGAACUCCCAGGAGCCUGGACCCAAGGGGUGGCAGUGCUUGUCCACCAUGGCCUCUGAAGCUGAGAGCCUCCACCCAGAGCUUUGACGCUGCUGCCCGUGGGCUGCUAGGACUGUGGGGCCACAGGAGAGGGACUCGCCCUGGUUCCCAGUGACCUGACUGCAGAAGAGCGACAGGAGCUAGAGAACAUCCGGCGCAGAAAGCAGGAGCUGCUGGCCGACAUUCGGAGGCUGAAGGAUGAGAUAGCAGAAGUAGCUAAUGAAAUUGAAAACUUGGGAUCCACAGAAGAAAGGAAAAACAUGCAGAGGAACAAACAGGUAGCCAUGGGCAGGAAAAAGUUUAACAUGGACCCUAAAAAGGGGAUCCAGUUUUUAAUAGAGAAUGAUCUGCUAAAGAACACUUGUGAGGAUAUUGCCCAGUUCUUGUAUAAAGGGGAAGGACUCAACAAAACAGCAAUUGGCGACUAUCUGGGGGAGAGAGAUGAGUUUAAUAUCCAGGUUCUUCAUGCAUUCGUGGAACUACAUGAAUUCACUGAUCUCAACCUCGUCCAGGCAUUACGGCAGUUCUUAUGGAGCUUCCGGCUGCCAGGAGAGGCUCAGAAAAUCGACCGGAUGAUGGAAGCAUUUGCCCAGAGAUACUGUCAGUGCAAUAAUGGAGUGUUCCAGUCCACAGACACAUGUUAUGUCCUCUCAUUUGCCAUCAUCAUGUUGAACACCAGCCUGCAUAACCCCAACGUUAAGGACAAGCCCACUGUGGAGAGGUUCAUUGCCAUGAACAGAGGCAUCAAUGACGGAGGUGACCUGCCCGAGGAGCUGCUCCGGAAUCUAUAUGAGAGCAUAAAAAAUGAACCCUUUAAGAUCCCAGAAGAUGAUGGGAACGACCUCACUCACACGUUCUUCAAUCCAGACCGAGAAGGCUGGCUAUUGAAAUUGGGAGGUGGCAGGGUAAAGACUUGGAAAAGACGCUGGUUCAUUCUGACAGACAACUGCCUUUACUACUUUGAAUAUACGACGGAUAAAGAGCCUCGCGGAAUCAUUCCCUUAGAAAACCUGAGUAUCCGGGAGGUGGAGGACUCCAAAAAACCAAAUUGUUUCGAGCUUUAUAUCCCCGACAAUAAAGACCAAGUCAUCAAGGCCUGUAAGACAGAGGCAGACGGACGAGUGGUGGAGGGGAACCACACGGUGUACAGGAUCUCAGCGCCGACGCCGGAGGAGAAGGAGGAGUGGAUGAAAUGCAUCAAGGCAGCCAUCAGCAGGGACCCUUUCUAUGAGAUGCUGGCAGCACGGAAAAAGAAGGUGUCAUCCACAAAAAGACACUGAGUCCAGCCCCAGCUGGAGUGGUGUGCUCAGUGCCUGAGCCCAGGUUGGAGAGGGCCUCUGAGCAGGAGCCUCUUAUUGCCAGACAUCACCUGGAUUCCUAGAGACUAGCUUCAGCUUUUGCUAUUUUCGUUACAUGGGAGAAGGGUGGGCACUUACCAAAAGUACAGGGACUUUGCCACCUGCCCAGCCUGGGUUAGGGCCUUUCGCUCAAGAAGCAGCUCCCAUCAGCAAAGCAGCCUCCUUCAAGUCUCCCCACGAAGACCUGAGGGGAAAGCUCCAAACCGACUCUUUACCUCUUGGUGAUUUUCCCUGGAAGAAGCCUUCAACUGUGCACCACAAAUACACAUUACCAUAAGUUACCACAUGCUAAGAGAAAAGGUGGAAUGGAAGAGAAGCCACAAUCUAUAAAGAUAUAUUUUUGUUUCUGUUUUUUAACGAUAAAGGAGACAAAGUAGAUCUGUUGAGAUGCGUCUUCCCAGUCCAGCCGGAAGCCUCUCCCAGGAGAAGCAGCUCUCAGGGCAGUUGCCAGGCGUCGCCUGCCAGCACAGACUGCCUCUCCUGCACUCCAGGGGCCACUGGUGGCUUGCUUCUUAAUAGCCUGUCGGGCAAGACAGCAGAAAAGUAGGAAGAGGUGAGGAAAAAGUAGAGGCAGCAGCAGAUGCAGCAGGGGCCUGACUCAGUCAGACUGAGGACCUGCCACGCUCUGAGGACCAUGGCAUGCCAGAUCCACAGUGGGCCCAGCUGCAUCUGGCGUUGAGCUGCUUUUCCAUUCCAAGUGCCUGGGGAGCACUGGGGGGGAAAGAGGAUCAGUGGGCACUUACUGCCUCUUCUCUCUGAAUUCAUUUUAUGGGGCUUUAAGGUAGAAAGUCAGCAUUUUUCCUUGGUCUAAAUACCUAAUACCCAAGACAACGAGGAAGGCAAUUUCAACAGUCUCUGGGAUGACCUGACGAUUUAUUUGGUUUUUCUCCCCCCUCCCCCCAUGCCAGUCCUCGUUUUAGAGGAUGGAGUAGGUCUGACCUGAGCACCUAGGGCUUCAGCUUUUUCUGUCUCAACACUGGCACUUCACUGACCUGCCCCCAGCAUCUGGUGGGGUCUGCAAGAAGGAGUAGCCUACCUGCUCAGCAGGGGGUAGGUGGGAUAGUGCGGGGAAAAGCCUGCCUCCUGUGUUUUCCUACCAAAGGCCCUGUGUGCAUGGGUCUCACCCUCCUUACUCCUGUAUGAAGGAGCCACGAGUGCAGCAUCCUCCUGCCGUUCUCUCAGGGACUCUCGGGGCAGCCCCUGCCCUUGGCGGGGGCCAGUGUACUAGUUCAGGCAGAGCAGGGAGCUAGCUGCCAGGCCUCAUUAGUGCUCCCCGGACCAGGUGCUGCUUCUGGGAAAAGGGGAAGGGCCAUUAGUCUCCCCAGGGCAGUGGGACCCCAGCUCCUCUGAAGACUUUAGGCUUGGUACACAUCUCUGGAAAUAGCUUUUGUAAAGUGACACGGUGGAAGGGGCGAGGGGGCCUGGCCUUAGCCCCCACCUUUAUGCAGGUCUAUGCACCUAGAAUGGCUUCAGGUGUUUUUACGCCUGAACUCACGAAGGUAACGAUCUCAGGCCAGUGCUGGAGUCGGCGUAGCCGGCAAGUCUCCUGCUCUGGUUCUCGCAGAUGUUACCUAGGCAGAGAGCACCGGGAUCAGUAUUAGUCUAUUUAUCAGAGGUGUAAAUAAUCUAUGUAUAGUUUUUCUCCUUUUAGAUUAUUUUGUAUUUGUUUUAAAAAAGUUUUGUCAAAAUAUAAAAAUAUAAAUGACUGAAAGUUGUUGACAGGGUUUUUAAAAAAACUACAAUUAUUCUAAUUGUUCAGUUAGUUUUUUUGCAUUAUAAACUAGCGCCAAGGAACUGCAGCAAAUAAACUCCAAAUCUGCCCAAAUCA